UGGUCCUCGAGCUCUACUCGCGGUGCGGCUGCUUGGACUUCUACCUCUUCGCGCUGCGCUGCCUUGGACCUCGAGCUCUACGCGCUUUGGCGCUGCUGCUGCUGGGCCUACUUCCUGUUCUACCUGCUGGCGUUGGAACUUCAUCCUGAUCUACCUCCUGGAGCUCAACCAGCUGAUGACGAUGGUGCCGCUUCUGUGGCAGCACCGGUUUCCUUGGAGACCGACUUCUUUGGCGAUGAACUACGUGGAUACCGUCUUCUCAAAGCUGCAAGACUCUCCAGCCAGGAGAGACAACAUGUCUUGACCUUGACGUCGAACUCUACGAGGUUUGUUGAUGUACGCCGAGCCCUGCGGACUCUUUUCGCAGAAGAAGUUGGAGCAGAAGAUCAACGGCGGAAGAUAUGGUUCCAGGAGACAGCAUCCUCCUGGGAUGCGGGUGAUGACUAUGAUGAAGGCCCCGGCUGGCCUGAUGAAUGGUGGAGUGCUGAAGAAGAAGCCUACUGGUAUGAUGAUGCCUCAUGGGCUUACUACUACGAGGACGAGGACUACAGCACUGAUGGAUCCUGGCAAGAUGACUGGGAUUGGACAGAUGGGAGCCCCAAA